CACAGGGCCUCAGUCACAAGGCAGAGCCACAGCUACCACGGGCCGUGGCCCCUGAGCUGACCCUGCAAUGGGAAACAGAAGUUCUCAUAACAGGACCAAGGCGCCCAAGCAGCCCUGCAAGGAGAGGCCGCCAGACCCGGACAAGGCCCAGGGGCAACAGUCCUUCAGCCACUUCAAGCAGAAGAAGCCAAAUGCCAAGAUCGUGCUGAUUUUUCCUCUGGAAAAGCGGCGGCAGCGGAAUGAGGCGGCGGCGGGUCUCGGUGUGAGGGCCCAGCAACCGAAUGAGGACGCGACUGGCGUCCGGGGGAGCCUCCGGGCUUCGUCCAUGCUCAGAGGAGCAGGCGAUGGGCCCGAUCGGCGCGAGCGCGCGCACAGGCGCCAGCUGGAGGUCCAAGUUCUGCUACUGCAGCUAGACGCGCGGAGGCUGGAAGAAGGACGCCGCGCUGAAGGCGGGGCCAGGGCUGGGGGCGGAGCCUCAGUCCAGGGGGCGGGGGCAAAGCCCGAGCGGUGUCCGCAGCGACUGUUCUUGCUUCCUGCGACCCGAAGAGAGGCGGAUGCGGAUCGCAACCACGGCAAGCUGAGGCGGCACUGCACUAGCUCGCGGCCCUAAGUGGCCAUCUGGGUCCAGCCUAAU